AUGACUGAACAUAUCGACCACAAUCAACUAACUAGUGAUCUUCGUUAUCGUUUUGAAUAUUUAUCUAAAUUUUUAAAUUUUACAUCCAAUGAUAUCACUAUGCUUAAUACAUUUGCACCAAUACUAUUUCCACGUAUACCUGUUAUAACCGAUACUGUUUAUAGAAAAUUAUUUUCAUUUGAUAUAACAAAACAUUAUUUUAUUAUACGCAAUCAAGAGUUUGACAAAUUUUCUACUGAUCAAGAAAAUAAUUUAACAGUAAGUUCAGCACAAAUCAUGUUUCGUAAAGAUAUGUUAAGUAUGUAUUUAAAACGUGUUUUAACACAACGUGAAUGGAAUGAUACAUUUCUUCAAUAUUUAUCUCAAGUUGGAAAAAUGCAUACAAAUCAAGCCGGUUCAUCAUCAAUUAAUGUUGAUUAUAUACAUAUUAAUGUUUUAUUUGGUUAUUUAGAACAUUUAUUAAUUGAUGUUAUAUUAAAUACAGAAAAUCUUGACAAUAUAAAUAGACAUGCUAUGAUAGUAGCAGUUAAUAAAUUAUUUUGGUUGCAAAAUGAUUUUUUUUCAAUGCAUUUUAUGACAGGAUCAAAAGAAAAUUCAUCAACUAUGGAUAAAAAAAUCAAAGACUCAGAAUGUUGUUGUUUAUUAAAUUAA